GUUGCCAUUAAUGAAGCGAUAAUAUUUUUGACUUAAGUAGGUUCAAAUGAUCUUGAAAUAGAUAUGUGAAUUUUUGUGACAUCUCGGGCAGAAGCUGGAGAUUGUCGUUAUUUACGACGUCGUCCUUGAAUAACUUGAAUUUGAUACAAACAAAGUGUGCGCCGGGAAAGCAAUGAAGACGAUGCCGGAGACGUCCAAUCAGCGUUGACUAGUGACGUAAUCAACGCGACCGCACAGCCAAGUUACCAUUCAGACGAAGAGGAGAAGUCAGCCCGGAGCGUCCGGAUUUGAUGUCAUCAAGCUUCCUAUCCAUCUCGGUUUCUAUCCUUGGGAAAGAAGCAUGUUGGUGUUGUGCGUCCUCCUGGCGUUAUUGUCUCCUCUGACCUCGGCACAGACGUACCGCUGGGGGGCCUGCCCCAUCCCCAAGGUGCAGCCGAACUUCCAGCUCCAAAAGUAUUUGGGGAGGUGGUACGAGAUCGCCAAGCUGCCCGCCAGGUUCGAGAGGGGGAAGUGCAUCGAGGCCAACUACGCCAUACGACCAGAUGGAACCAUCCGAGUGUUAAACUCUCAGUUCUAUAAAGACAAAGUACGGACAGCAGAGGGCACAGCAGUGGUCCCGGACCCGAGAAACCAGGCCCAAAUUGGAGUCAGCUUCUCCUACUUCACCCCCUACAGUCCCUACUGGAUCCUGAGCACGGACUACAGCAGCGUAGCCGUGGUCUACUCAUGCACCGACAUCCUGCGCAUAUUCCACGUCGAGUACGCUUGGAUCCUGGGCCGCUCGCGCUUCCUGCCGCCCGAGACUGUGCGCUAUGCUCAGGACCUGUUAUUGACUGAGGGCGUGGACCUCUUUCGGAUGACCGCCACUGACCAGACGGGUUGCAAGGACGACUAGCGCAUCACCGCUACAUGCUAACGACUGAAUAUCUUUAUCAUUUGGCUUAAUAGGCCUUUUCACCAUGGCGUCACAUGCUUUCCAACACUUAACGCACACAGAGCAGCAUGCGACAAUACAGGCAUGUACAUGUGACAUGCUAACGCUAAGCUAGCUUUUAUACAUCACUCCUCUUUUGUGAUUUAUUUCAAAUUCAUAGAGCUGCUCGUUAUUAAAAGGGGAAAAUCAACCAAUAAUUGAAUAAUAAUAUGGUGUAUAAUAGUAUUUAUGCUACAUUUUGUACCAGUAGCCUACUUAUGAUUAAAAUAAAUACUAUGUGAGUUUGAAAAAAUA